CGUCGCGAGUACUUUGACGGGUUGGCCCGAUGGGCCUCCACAUGUUAAUAAAUAUCGGUGCCCUUAGACUUUUAUGUCACAAACCCUCAAAUCUUCAUCGUCCUCUCUUUUCUUCCCUUCCCGUUCGCUGAAACCCUAAUCCGAAACCCUACCUUUUUCUACUCCGCCAUGGCCAAGAAGCGAAAGAGCCGAGCCACAAGUCGGCCUACUGCCGAUCCAGAACCAGAGCCAGUCGAAAUUCAACAGCUACAACAACAACUCGAAUCGGAUCUCCAAUUUGAAGCAUCUCAUCAAGAUCCGGAACAACAGGCAGAGGAAGAAUUGGAAGAGGAAGUAGAAGGUGCAGAUCUCGACGGUGAAGAGGAGGAAGAGGACGAAGGAGAAGAUACGCAAGCGGAUCUGUUGAACACAGAUGCUGAAACUGGCAAAGAAAACCAGGUGGCCCAUGAUGUUUCAACUGGAAAAGCUAACGGGGAGGAGAGGAAGGCUAUAGAUACGGAGGUUUUUGACGAUGAGCCACUGGAUAGAGUUCUGGAGCCCUUCUCCAAGGAGCAACUUAAAGCCCUGGUUCAGGAGGCUGUGUCCAAACACCCUGAUUUCAGGGAAAACGUUAACACAUGGGCAGACAAAGAUCCCGCACACAGGAAGAUUUUUGUUCAUGGUCUUGGCUGGGAUACAACAACCGAAACCCUAACUACUGUGUUUGGAAAGUAUGGGGAGAUUGAGGAUUGCAAGGCCGUCACUGAUAAGGUAUCGGGGAAGUCAAAAGGCUAUGCCUUUAUACUUUUCAAGCACAGGAGCUCAGCAAGAAAUGCCUUGAAAGAGCCCCAAAAGAAGAUCGGUUCCAGGACCACAUCCUGUCAGCUUGCUUCAACUGGUCCAGUGCCAGCUCCACCUCCAACCUCUCCGCCUGUGUCUGAGUAUACCCAGAGGAAGAUAUUUGUUAGCAAUGUUGCCGCAGACUUGGACCCCAAGAAGUUAUAUGAGUUCUUUUCCAAGUAUGGUGAGAUUGAAGAAGGACCUAUGGGAUUGGACAAGAAUACAGGGAAACCGAAAGGUUUCUGUUUGUUUGUUUACAAGAGUAUUGAGAGUGCGAAGAAGGCACUGGAGGAGCCUCAAAAGAGUUUUGAGGGGCAUACACUUAAUUGUCAGAAGGCAAUUGAUGGGCCAAAGCAGGGAAAGGGUUAUUCACACCAGCAGCAAACAUCUUAUCCUCAACAUCAUCUGCAACAACAGUAUUAUCAGCACGCUGCAAAGAAGGGAAAGUAUUCUGGUGGUGGUGGAGGGAGUGCAAAUGCUUCAGCAGGGCAUUUGAUGGCCCCAGCCGCACCAUCUAUUGGGAUUAAUCCAGCUAUGGGCCCAGCCAUUGGACAGGCACUGACUGCAUUGCUAACAUCCCCAGCAGCAGCAGGACUUGGCAUUGGCAAUCUACUCGGGGGACUUCCUGUGAACCCUCAUGGAGUUCCACCUGUGGCGAACAAUGCAUCGGGAUAUGGGUCUCAGGGUGCUACAUCAGGAGGAUAUGCUGGUCAUCCCGGAGUGCAGGGAGGAGGAUAUCAGAACCAACCAAUGGGUCAGGGAGGAGUGAGGCCACAAGGUGGUGCCCCCUGGCGUGGUCAUUAGGCCAUGCAUAAGAUAUCAUCAUAAAUGCUUCAAUCUUUUUGUUUUGGACCCGGUGGUUCUUCUGAGGUUCCAGAAUCAAAAGCAAAUGACGUAUUUUUAUUCUAGCAAAAAGUUACUGUUUGUUUUCAGACCAGAAUAUGUAUUUUCUGCUUUAUUCAAACACUCAUUUUAGCAGUUGUUUUCUAAAAUCAUGGUCACCUUUAUGAUCUGUGUACUAUGUAGUACUUUGGUUUCAGCACUUCUAUAUUUUAAAAGACUUGACAAUCUAGUAGGGUAUUCUAGCCCAUGUUUCUUUGAGUUUUAUUUAGAUGGCUUCACUAUAUUUUUUCAACAUAAAGUUAUCACUUACCAGUAUAUCCAUUUUAU